UGGGCGGGUCUCAGUGGCCUCCAGCCCCAGAUGCAGUGCGCUGCCUGGCGCUGCCCAGGACCCCCAGAGCGCGUGAGCCGGAGCUGCAGGAUGGACCCAGUGGCCUUUGAGGACGUGGUCGUGGACUUCUCCCCCGAGGAGUGGGCCCUGCUGGACGGUGGUCAGAGGGACCUCUACAGGGACGUGAUGCUGGAGACCUUCAGGCACCUGGCCUCCGUGGAUGACGGCAGCCCGCGCAGGGGGCCCGCCCGGCCAGGAGCCUCGUUGUCCAACAAGCAGAAGAUCGCCAGGUUCAAAAGGAACGACACCUGGGCUUCCCUCUUGGGAGAGACUUGGGGACAGCACAGCAUCGAAAAGAGGGACAACAAACAGGGGCGACAUCUGAGAAUUCACUCGCUGAAGCGACUUUGUGCACGGGGUCAAAGGAAGGAGGGUGGCGGCUCCUCCUGCCAGACGCCCAGGAAACGCGCCCGGGCAGCUAGGCGCUACGAGUGCGGCGAGUGCAGGAAGGUCUUCACCCACUCGUCCUCCCUCCAGAGGCACCGGAGAAUCCACACGGGGCAGAAGCUGCACAGGUGUGACCAGUGCGGCAAGGCCUUCAGCCGCCCCUCGUACCUGCGGACGCACGUCAAGACCCACAGCGGGGAGAAGCCCUAUGCGUGCAGGUUCUGUGGGAAGACCUUCCUCCGUUCCUACUCUCUCACCGAGCACAUCCGGACCCACACCGGGGAGAAGCCCUUCGAGUGUGAGCAGUGUGGGAAACCCUUCAGCUGCCCCAAGUCCUUCCGCGUCCACGUGAUGAUGCACAAGGGAGGGAAGCCCUUCGAGUGUGAGCAGUGUGGGAAGGCCUACAGCUGCCCCAAGUCCUUCCGCGUGCACAUGAUCAUGCACACCGGGGAGAAACCCUACGAGUGCAAGCAGUGUGGGAAGUCCUACUGCUGGCUCACGUCCUUUCAGAGACACGUGAGAAUUCACAACGGAGAAAAACCCUACAAAUGUGAAAAGUGUGGGAAAGCCUUCGGUUGGCCUUCAUCCCUGCACAAACACGUCAGGAUGCACACGAAAAAGAAGUCAGUGAGUGCCGGCAGGACGGGAGCCCCUUCGGGGGGCUCCUGUCCCUCCACCAGUGUGAUCAUGCAGAACGGAAAGCGACUCUACAGAUGUGACAAGUGUGGGAAAGCUCUGGGCUGGGCCUCUUCCUUGCGCAGACACCUGAGGAAGCACGCUGCAGAGAGCGCGGCGAGUGUGAGCGUGAGUGUGAGCAGCGCAGAAAAGCCCCCCAGGGGCCCUCAGCCUUCCGAAAACGCAGCGCAGCUGGAAGAGAAGCCCUACAGAUGUGAAAAAUGUGGGAAAGGUUUCAGUUGUGCCAAAUCCUUCCAAGGUCACAUGAGAAGUCGCCAUGGAAAGAAACCCUAUAAAUGUAAGUAGUACGUAAAAAACAAAAACAAAAACCAAAAAAACCUGUGCAAAUUAAGUCAUCUAUAAAGGUCCAGAAAAUUUACCCCAGGAGAGAAAUCUUAUUGAUAAAUAGGGCCUCGCCUUGGCCAAUACCUCAUCCUAAAAGUGAAACCCUAUCAAAUGGAUUUCCAGUUUUCCUGCAAAUAAACACUGGGGUGAGACUUCUCUAAGUGCUCUUUCAUUUAUAGAACAUAAAAUCUCAAUAGAGUAGUUUUUCCUAUAAAUUCAGUU